AUGAGAAGAGCCUUGUUCAACUGCAAGGCAUGGAACACCUUUAUCUAUUCACUUCCCGAGCCAGUGAAGGCCCUCUGUAGAGGAGUUCCAGGCACCAAAGAUGUAUUAAGUCGUACAGAGUUUACACUCAUCAACUGCAUUGAAACAACCAAGUAUUGCCAGUAUAAAGCCAAAAAUUCAGUAAAUGUCAUUUGUAUAACAGAAUCAACUUCCUGUACACUUAGUCAAUGUGGGGAGCUGCUGAAAUCCAGCUUAAGUUUUAGUUUUAACAACAGGGAUGUGAUAAACAGCUGCAAGAAAACAUAUUGGGGUGGAUUUAUUAAAGGCAAACAGACUGUGCACUUUGGGAAUGCAGUUGCACACAUUUUUCUCCAGAGCUUAGUGAUGAUGGUGAAGCUCUGCCUAUUUCCAUCAUCCAAUCAUAUGCAAGCAAACAUUUUGUUUUUAUUGAUCGGGUGUUUUUUUCAAAGUGAAUCUUCGCCACAUUCAAUAAGCUCUGGGGGAAAAUGA